AUGUCCACCAUCCCCGACAAUGACUUGCUCGUGACAGGCGUCUCGCUGCCCGCGUGCUGCAGCCGACAUCGCUAUCCAAGCUCCACUAAUAGCCCUUCUUCACGUCCAUCCUCUCAUCUACUACAUGCUCCAGUUCUGCGCGUCAACUCUGACGCUGACCUGUGCUACGUUGUUUGGAAGUGCACGUCCCCAUCCACCGCUUCCAACGCCUCUCAACAGCUUAAUAAGCUGCACUCGCAGUGGAUUCCACAGCGCCACGUGUGCGCUGUCGGCCCUGCGUCACCUGACGCCAAUACAGCACUAGGUCGUGGCCCUCAUGACUCGAAAUUCGAGGUUGAUAACCCUCGCGUGGCUCUCUGGAGCUCAACCAGCGGCUCCAUGGGUCGCUUCACAGUCGCCAAGCAAUCUAUUCGCGCCGGAGAGCGUGCUUUUCAAGCUGCAGCUUUCGCUGUGAUUGUCCGGCAGAGUUUGGUGCCUCGAAGGUGCCACUGGUGCUUUGCGAAGCUGCGACGGACCGCGUUACAGUGCGGAGAGUUCUCGUGA